AUGCUCCACCGACAUUCCCCUUCAAGGAGACUUGCCCUCAGCCGAAGCAAGUCCACGAGCUCCAUCGUAUCUUCCCACGUCGAGCGAGAGGCCUACAUCGCCGCGAAGAGGUCGUACCAUCGGGCCCAAGGCAGGAGUUGCGACAUGCCGUCGACGGCCCUGGGCAGGAGCAACAGCGUCACGAGCUCCAUUCCACCGAGCCCAAGCGUCGACGGGUCUUGUGCACUUCACAAGGAGCAGAGCGUCCGCUUCGUCGGACCCAACGCACGCCCCCGACGACUUCUGGCCGCUCGGGCAAACCGGAUAGGCCCAGCUGGUUGCGUCCACGGGCAUCCGCAGGCUUCGUCCGACGACCACAACAUGAAGAGGGCCGCCUUCUUCGAUGGCCUGGAGUUGGCGCCAUCGGCAGGACGACUACGCAAAUCAAGAUCCAUGAUGACCUCGAUUCCAGUUACCACUCCGUGCAUCUCUCGACCCGCAUGUGAGCCGGCGAACCCUCUCUCUCUGCACUCGCAGUUUGGCCUGGACGACGAUCCGGCAGACCGUCUCGAAAGGUGGCUGACCGCCCGCGGCUCCGAGGAUAUGGAGAACGAAGGCUACAUGCUGCGAGCGCCAAAGUCGAUGACCUUGCUUCGCGGUCACUCUCGAACGAGCAGCAGCAAGGCCGAGGAACAGCAGCAGGCCGUCCCCGUCAGCCUCCACCACAGCGCAUCCCGCAGCAGGCUCAGAUCCCACCCGUCACUGUUCUUUCGGUCCAGAAACCGGCGGUGCAACAGCUCGGGUGGAAUGGCCAAGUCCCUGCGGAACAGCAGCAACGACAGCAGCGGGAUUUCAUCUGCCGUCGCCGGCAAUGCCAUGGCCGGCCCGAAGCAGUCGGGGAUACGCGUCACCGCUCGCAAGGUGUCACGGUCCUUGAGGAGCAGGUUCAAGGGCCUCUUCGGCCGACCUCGGAGCGCCGACGACGUGGCCGGCGUGAGCGUUCCACCUUUCGACUCGGACGCCGAAAGCUGCCAGGUGGAGGCUCCGGAGCCGGAAGAGGCUUCCAUGUCUCGCGUUCCGUCCCACGUGCCGUCGAUCCACGCGGUGCCAUCGCACCAGCAGCUGCGUUCCCGGAAGGGUAGCCUCGAGAGCAUCUGCGUCGACGGCGACGAAAGGUCUCGCGUCACGAGCUGGACAAACUCGACCAACACAAUGGUGAGCGAGUGUCAAGACUCGGAGCGGCAGCGCCUCUCCGUCAUCGACGAGAACGUGACGCACGCCCAAUCGGCCGCCUGGAGCACACCGGCCGCGGAAAACCAGCGCGUUUACUCGGCCCUGUUCAGGAAGCUGGACGAAAGGUGGCAGCAAUCGCAGUGCGGCACGUCGGAAUCGUUCAGGCUCGCGCCGCCAUGCCGGACGUCCAUCGAGCCCGGAGACUGGCCGACGAUCCGGUGCGUGCCGGAUGACGACGUCUUCCAGGACACGCCGAGACAGGCGCGCCCACGGUACAAGGCCUACCCGAACCCCAUGGCAGGCGAUAGUGUGGGCUUGUCGCCGGCGAGAAGGCCCGAGCUGGAGCCGAGGGGUCUCGCGCACAACGCGGCUUUCCUCGCGAGUCCAACGUGCCACCUGUUCCGCACCGCGAGUCCUUUCCGACGCGCUCUCAAGGAGACGAUGGAACAGGGGUCCGACUACACGCACGCCCUUGACACCCGCUACCUCAGCACGCUCUCGGCCCUCAGCCUGCCCACACGUCGGCCGAGCACGGCCGGGUCGGGGCGGGACGUCGCCGCGUACGCGGACAGUAUGUAUUCCGACGAGCAGAAGUCGGGCGAAAACUCUCCGGACGCUGGCGGUGGCGACGGUGCCAUUUUCACCCAGCUACAUGAGCCAAUGCAUAACCGCGACCGUUCGGCAGAUGGUUCCGCUCGGUGGAGGGCGUGGCUCGGAACCGAAGCAUCCGACUGGGAGACUCCGACAAGUGGCGGCAGUGACCAUUCCGACGCCUUCUACGCCCUGCCGUUCGGCCAUGUCCGCGAGGAGGCCGAGAUCGAGUCGCCAGAUACCAAGGACGAAAGUAUGCGAGGGACCGGGCCUAGGGAGAGUCCGGUCCCGGCGGCGCUCGGAGCAGACGGCCAACUGGUUGACGACAAGUCGACUCGGGAAGUCGCACCUCGCAUCCCAUCGCGAAACGGUCUCCGCACGGCGCCUUCGCUUCCAGGCAUGAGAGCGGCCAAGGAUGCGUCGGCUAUUCACCCCGUCAAGGGCAGGCCCAGUCGGGACGAGCAGCAACUCAACCUGCGGGUCGUGGCCUGCCGAGGAAACGAGUCGGUCACGUCGAGCCCCGGGCUCACGACGGCGCUGAAGAGGCAGUUUAGAAAGGCGUCUCUGCGAGGGGCAAACUUCGCAACGCCCCGAACUUGCAAGCAGGAAGAGGACGCAGAGUGGAAAGCGCAGGUGAUGGGGAGCAAGCGAAUGGUGGACCUGUUCCUGAGCAGUCGGCGGAGACGGAUCGACGGUAGCACGGGGACCGAGAGCGACGGCAUCUCGACGCAUUUCUGCAACUGA